AUGCUGGGUUCGAAUCAUACUUCCCAAGGUUUAAACAUUAUCGCCGAUUAUCCCGGUUUAAGUACCGAAAUUCGAUGGUUGAUAUCGGCUUUUGGAGGCAUCAUCAUGUGUAAAGUUGCUUAUGAAUUUACGGGAAUAUUUACACCCUUUGUCUUCGGAGGUUUUAUCAAACUCAACAAGGCACAAAAACUAGAAUGGAAAAACAGGGGUUUCUCAACCUUCCAUGCGCUUUUUGUGGCCAUUGGUUCCGUUUACCUUUUACUUGUUUCAGAUCUUUAUGAUGAACUUGAACAUGAAGAGUUGUUCAUCAAGAGAAGGUCUACCUUAUCAGACACCAUACUCGGUAUGUCUUGCGGUUAUUUUUUGUCAGACGUGGCCAUGAUUAUUUGGGCAUAUCCAACUUUAGGUGGUCUUGAAUAUGUCUUGCACCAUGGGCUCUCAUUGUAUUCAAUCAUGCAAUCUGUUUUAACGGGUGAAGCCGAGUUUUACAUCUUCAUGGUUCUUUUCACAGAAAUUACAACGCCCUUUGUGAACUUAAGAUGGCAUCUUGAUGUUGCAGGCAUGAAGUCUUCAAAGCUUUACUUGUGGAACGGUAUUGCAAUGUUCGUAGGGUGGUUGGUUGCAAGAAUCGUGUUGUUUGUCUUCUUUUUCUACCACAUCUACAAGCACAUUGAUCAGGUGAGGCAAAUUAAAAACGCUGCGUUUUACAGCUUGCAUACGAUCCCACCAGUGUUGGCGGUGAUGAAUUUGUUCUGGUUCUUUAAAAUUGCGAAAGGGAUGAUAAGAACUCUCAGGAAGAAGAAGGCUCAAUAGUCCCAUAGUUACACCAGCUAAAAGGAAAGGGUAAUUAUGUAAUUAGACAUCUUGUGAAUUCAAAUCCUGUACAGUUCUAUUUGUGUUAUCCUGCAUUAUAAAUGUUGCAAUGUUUAUUUAAAAAAAAAAACAUAUUUAAUUUUUUGUUUUGAAUCAAAGGUAUAAAAAACAUGUUUAUGUGACGG